UAACCAAGUAAAUUAAAAUUGAAACAUAAUCAGUGGAAGACAUGUAUAGCACCAAUGUUGCUGGAUGCUCCAAAAAUGAUUGUCGUAUGGUCUCCAGCUCUCAUUGCACUGAGACAUAUGGGGGAUUUUUUUUGAUUGGGUGUAAUGGUCGCCUGCCUGCAGGAGACAAAGGUCGAAAGUGCUCCAAAUUUAUUUUGGUAAGACGUGAUGUUCCAAAUGGGUUGAGGCAGGCAUCUGCACAUCGCAUCUCUUCCCCCAAAUCCUCAGAACCCACCAAAGCAACUGAAAAAUUCAUCAUCCGAUACAUCUUUUCAAAUGAAGAAAGUGUACUUGUUGACUAUGCUUCCGACAAAGAGACUGAUAUGUUCCAGAUAGGAAGAUCAGAUGAAAAUGACUUCCCUGUUCUCGGUAAAAUUGCUGAAGGUAAAGGGAAAGCACGUGGAUCCACAGUAGCAAAAUAUUCAUGUAGAGUCCUUGCCAAUAGAGCAAACAAAAGUGAGGUGCGGAUCUAUGCUGCGGGCUUUGAUUCCAACAAAGAAAUUGUUUUAGAAGAAAAAAAGGCAGUUAAAUGGAAGAAGGGGAGUGAUACAAAUGUGGACGCAUUGACAUUCAAUGGUAUUUUACUCAAUAACCCAGAGGGAUCGUUUUGUGGGGGUGAGCUGGAAGCUGGUGUUUGGAGAGAGGUGUCCGUUUGUGGAAAUAUCCUUUCUCUCCGUGGUGUACGGUCUUCACAUGAGAAAGGACGAGAAAUUAAUACCUCUACUAAUCUGCUAAGAGAUGGUUCUCUGGUUGACUUGUGUGGAGCCACACUCCUCUGGAGAUCAGCUGAGGGCUUACAGAAAUGUAUUAAUGAAAACUAUAUCAAAAAUAUUUUUAACAAAUUAAGUGAAUCCAUUAAUGAUGUUUUCAUAAUUCCAAGGAAAUAUGUACGUGAAGAGCUUGAAGACAAGAAGCAAUAUCCACAUGUUUAUGUAAACUGUGGACAUGUUCAUAAAGGAAGACUGCUUCCUGAAGAUUGUCCUUCUUGUCAAGUGACUGGCCCUCACCAAAAUUUAUGUAUGGGAAUGGAGUUUGCAUUUUAUGUUGAUGAUGUUAAUGAUUCAUUCACUCCAGAACUAUAUGCCUUCAUUCCGUGUGGACACAUAGCAACAGAGAAGACAGUAAAGUUUUGGGCAAGAACUCCGUUGCCUCAUGGCAAGAGUGGCUACCAGUCCAUUUGCCCCUUCUGUGGCACUGCUUUACAAGGAUACCCAGGCUACAUACAUCUCAAAUUUUGUGGUGGUUCAACUUAGCCUUGCUAUGGGGAUCCUGCCUGACUUCAUCUGUGUUGACAACGAACUUCAGAAUACUUGUGAUAAUACAAAUAAGAUGUAAACAAAACUGAAAUAAAAACCCACUUAUUUCUUAGAA